AUGAUGUUCACAGGAGACGAGCACAUCGAGUCAGCUUGGGUGAGUCAGGUGGGGGAGCGAAGUCUGCCCUCCAGUCUGGGAGGAAAGCGGUGGAAUUUUUCCCUCCCACACUCUUGGUCCUAGAAGUAUGCCCUCCUGCUUGGGAGGCAAGCGGUGGAAAUAUUCAUUCCUCGACAGUCUGCCCUCCGGGUUGGGAGGAAAGCGUUGGAAAUUUUCACUCCCACCCUCUUGGUCCUAAAGUUCGUAGGACAGCAGUGCACAAGGGCCACGUGCUCAGGGACGAGAUAGGUACGAGAAGUCCACCUGGGACUGCUGUGUGAGAAACUGUCGCCUCGGUGAACGAAGUCUCAUGAAUCGGUUAAUGAUUUAGAAGCAUGCAACAAGAAGAGGGGCCCCAUGGUGGAUCACAGAAGAAAUUGAGCAGCAGCGAAGAAUCAAGGCAACAGUGCGUGCUAUAGAAGUAAGAUGGGUGAGGUGGGCACGAGAGCUGAGGUGUAGCAAGGGGCUAGCAGACCACAGAUGCGGAGCCAGCAGACGUCUGCGGGGCUGGCUUGUGAUUUUUGAGGAGUAACGAGGGCGCUUGCGGGGUUGGGGCGUGGGGGGCCUUGGGGUGGGGGCAGCAGGAGAAGUGGGGCAGGUCAAGGUGGCGGAGGCGUAGUAGUGAGGAGCGAGGAGCGAGGGAAGGGAUGCCGGUGCAAGGCGGGUGCAGAGCGUAAGGGGGGACCAUCUGCAGGCCCCUCAUCAGUAGCCGCCUUGUGCUGCACAUAAGUCGAGUUCCCUGGCCUGUCUCUUCCUCCGCGUGCCCUGCUUUCGAUCAGCUGCUGCUGCUGCUGCCAGCGUCGUCGUCCUGUAAUCCCACUCCUGACCCCGGACCCGCAGAUUGUCUCAGAACGACCCAUCAGCCGUUGACUCGUCGUCAAGAGAGGUGUGCUCGACUCCAAUCUGUCUGAUCUCUCUUCUCGCACAAGUUUAAGAGGGCAUUGAGCUUUCGACACUCUUCAGGAACGGAAACUAAGCGGUAAGCGGGAACUUAGAAGAGAACGGAAGGAUACAAAGAAGUGAGGGAGCUGGAGGAGGAAGAGACGGGGAACUGACGGUCGAACAGGCAGGCAGGCAGGCAGGCAGUCCGGCGCAAUGGAGCAGCAUCAUCAGUAUGGGACCGAGUCGGAUGCGGACACCGCGAUGAGCCCUGGAUUGAUCAGUCCUCGGGAUGUGGAGGCCGUACCCAAUCCGCGCGAUAAGAAUGGCCUCCACACGCCUCUGCUUCAGAGAAAGAAGACUCUGCUCCCAGAUGCCAAUUACAGCGUCGAGCAGCACCAAGCUAUGAUCGGAGCAAAUGUGUCACCAAUCGAAAGUCUCGACUAUGAGUUGAUAGAGAACGAAUUGUUUCGGCAGGAUUGGCGGUCGAGAACGAAGCACGAGAUUCUCGAAUAUGUGUUUCUAAAAUGGACAUUCGUCUUCUUGCUGGGUCUGCUAACUGGAUUAGUGGGUUUUGGAAUCAAUAUGGCUGUGGAGAAUAUAGCUGGAGCCAAGUUUCUCGCCACUACGAAGUCAAUGUCAGCCAGCGGGUUCAUGCCAGCAUUUUUACUGUACGCUGGAAGUAACGUCGGUUUGAUACUGGUGUCAUCUCUUCUUUGUGUUUACAUUUCACCUGCCGCCGCGGGCUCGGGAAUUCCUGAAGUCAAAGCUUAUCUCAACGGGGUGGAUACACCCAACAUCUUUUCACUGAAGACCCUGUUUGUCAAGGUUUUUGGUUGUAUUUGUACCGUAUCUGGAGGCCUGAUCGUCGGAAAGGAGGGACCGUUGGUGCAUAUCGGUUCGUGUAUUGCUUCGCUUAUCGGUCAGGGUGGAUCCAGGAAGUACCACCUGACAUGGAGGUGGCUGCGAUACUUCAAGAACGACAGGGAUCGAAGGGAUUUGGUCACAUGUGGUAGUGCAGCAGGAGUUGCGGCAGCUUUCAGAGCUCCAGUUGGAGGAGUUUUGUUUGCUCUUGAGGAGGUUACAUCAUGGUGGAGGGGACCAUUGUUGUGGAGGGCCUUUUUCACGACAGCAGUUGUAGCAGUGGUAUUGAGGACAGGAAUGGCCUGGUGCAAAGGUGGAAGUUGUGGACUUUUUGGAGAGGGAGGUUUAAUUAUCUUUGAUGUGGAGGGAGUGAAGAGUGAGUACGGGCUUUUAGAGCUAUUCCCGGUCGUGGUUUUGGGCAUAAUUGGAGGUGUCUUGGGAAGUGCCUUCAAUCAUCUGAACUCGAAAAUCGUCCUCUUCUUCGGAGCCUUUCUCAACAAGAGAUGGCGAUCGGCGAAGGUUUGGCAAGCGUGCCUCAUAGCCUUGUUGACUGCCUCAAUCAGUUUCGGUUUGCCAUGGUUCGCAGAGUGCAGACCUUGCCCAGAGCACAAAAUAGGCCAGUACCCAAUUGGAGCAGAGUGUCCGACACAUGGGCGAGCAGCCAACUUCAAGGGAUUCCACUGCCCAGACGGGACCUACAACGACUUAGCGAAUUUGUUCUUCAACACUAACGACGAUGCAACCAGAAAUCUUUUCAGCACUGGAACCCCUGGGGAGUUUCGCAAGUCUUCGCUUUUAAUCUAUCUCGGUGCCUCAUAUUUCCUUGCAGUGAUCACAUACGGUAUUGCGGUUCCUUCGGGGCUAUUCGUCCCCUCCAUUCUCUGUGGAGCAACAUACGGUCGACUCGUGGGGAUGUUGAUGACUCCUAUUGCAGGAGAUGAUAGAUUAGACGAAGGGGUGUACGCGCUGUUGGGGGCAGCUUCAUUCUUAGGAGGAUCUAUGAGGAUGACCGUCUCGUUGUGUAUCAUUCUCUUGGAGCUGACAAACAAUCUGAGAAUGCUUCCUCUCAUCAUGCUCGUACUCCUGGUGUCAAAGACUGUGGGGGAUUCAUUCAAUGAUGCAGUUUUUGAUAUUCAUGUCCAACUGAAGGGCUUUCCUUUCUUAGAUGCCCACCCUGAACCAUUCAUGCGGCACUUGACUGCGAGAGAGGCGAUAAAGUAUACACCUGUUACGUUCAAUGCUGUCGAAAGAGUGGGAACUGUUGUCGAUGUUUUGACUACCACCAGACACAACGCCUUUCCUGUACUCGAGGAGAACGGAGCCGUCUUGUGUGGUUUGGUGUUACGAUAUCACAUCAUGGUGCUGCUGGAGAAGAGAGCAUUUUUGGAUCAUAGCGAUGAUUCCUACAUUGAAAAGAAACCUGCUCUCACCUCCUCGGAUUUUGCCAAACCCGGAUCUGGGAAAGGCAUGAGAAUCGAAUAUCUGCAUGUGACUCCAGAAGAACGGGAGAAGUACCUUGAUCUCCGCUUCGUUGCGAACACUUCUCCGUACACUGUCGUUGAGACAAUGUCCCUUGCGAAGGCAUUCACAUUGUUUAGACAGCUUGGACUACGACACCUGUGCGUUAUACCCAAGAAGUCACGGACUGAGAGAUCGCCCAUCGUCGGACUGCUCACUCGUCAUGAUUUUAUGCCUGGAUAUCUUCAUGAACAGCACCCUCUACUGAGAUAAAUUUUGAUAUCGGAGAGGGUUUUCAAAGCCCCCUGUACCAUAAAGAGCAUCGGAUGAAGUGACCACGGAUGAAAUGGAUGCAUCACUGCACUCGCAAGUUCGGACGAAUAUGGUGGUGACGUUUGUGUUGUUUUCACCAUUCUCUAUAGAAAGAGUGAGAAAGAAAGAUUUGUUUGACAUUUGAACGUUGUUUGAAGGGGUGGGUUAGGCUAGUGCUCAACGUCGUGAUUAAAGCUCCUGGAUAUCGUAUUUCUACCCGCGUCUUUCAUCACGAUGAGAAAGAACAUAGAAGAAACAAAGAAACAAAGAUAGAUCAAGUCCAUCCAUUUCCAGCGUUAUCUCGCCUUCCCUUGGACUGAGUAUACAAGUAGUAUUCACAGGUUCCGGUACAACGACAAAAAUGGCGGCAGUUGCAAGGCCGGGGUGAUGAUUCAACCCCACUUGUAUCGUAUUGUAGCAACACCGUUUUAUUUUGACCUUUCUCAUUUUUAGUUGGAAUUAGGAAGAAGGGGACCUGAAUACAUCAGUCUAUGAGUGAUGAAAUCAGGUCCCCGCUUGAGCUUAUACUCUUGUCUCGUUUAAUCUUUUGUACAUCCUUCCUUCCACGGCAGACAUUCAUUUAGAGUGACAACGAGAGUUGUACUUGGAUACACAAUAAAGCAUAUUUGUCAAGCAGCUCGCUUGGCCAUAUUUUUG